UGCAACUGAACAGCGACCAUAUAAGCACAUGUCUGCGUUUAGAUGCUCUGCUCUUUUUCAUUGUAGGGAUAUAUUUAAAAAUCACUGCGCUAUAUAAUGUUGCAGCGGGAUCGCAUGCGCUGUGUUUAUUAUUGUUACUAUCACCAUCUUUGUGUUCUCCAUAGAUUUGCAUAGGUGUCUUCGCUAUGGAUAUAAGGGAUGGUCAAGCACAAAGGAGAACACACAAUUAGUCCAGUGAUGCCCGUGACAAGAAUUGCGUUUUUAAACGAAGCACAACCGAGCCAAGUUUGCAUUGUAAAUCAGAUGCACUGAAUUAUUGGUUGGAUCCGUCUGCGUGUCGCUUCCCCCUUUUCAAAAGGAGCCGCAUCAACAAAAUGUUGGGUAGGUCGUUCACCUGGAGGAAAUAUAACCACCAUACACUCUCUAUGCAGCACCGGCUCCCUCUUCAGCACUGACAUGCCCGAGCCCAGCAGAAAAACCAGGACCAAAGGGCUCAGAGCUACAGCCGGGCGCGUAAUCUGGAAGGAGGACGGGAAACAGGCGCACACCGGGUGUCCGUAUCGGUGGAGGCCGGAUCACAUCUGCUGGGGACGUGCAUCAAGGGCAGUGCGGCACUCCAGCGCUUCGGGAGCAUGCGACACGGAUCAUCCACACACCCUCAGCUCCACAACAGCACCGUGUUCCCGUUACACUUCUGCGUCUGUCUCAAAGAUGCGCUAGAACAACACACGGGCGCUCUGAAUGCAACAAAACAUGUUUUUUUUAUAGCAGUCAUGCUUGUUAUUGCUUUCACCCAGAGGAUUUAUCUACAAUAUAUUAAGUUGGAAAUGAAAAUGAGUAUCUAUCAGCACUUCAAGGGAUGUAAAAAGUGCCAAUGAAUAUAUUGCUUAAAUAUAUGCUCUUUUUUCUGUCAUUGGCCACAUUGACACCCCUAAUAAGUAGGACCAUGGGUUGCAUUCAAAGCAUCGCCUGCAAGCCCCGAAUCCGACGGGAGAACAUAGUGGUAUAUGAGGUCUCAGCCUCCAUUGACCAAUGCCCGACCAUCAUUGAGGAGAAUUCGCCCAUUGUCCUGCGAUACAAGACCCCGUACUUCAGAGCAUCGGCUGGGAUCGUGAUGCCCCCGAUUCCUAGAAACGAAACAUGGACUGUGGGCUGGAUUCAGGCGUGCACCCAAAUGGAGUUCUUCAAUACAUAUGGUGACAUUGGCAUGUCCAGCUGGGAAUUACCUGAGCUUCGAGAAGGACGGGUGAAGGCCAUAAGCGAUUCUGACGGUGUCAGUUAUCCCUGGUACGGUAACACCACUGAAACAGUGACCCUCUCAGGCCCCACGUCCAAGCCGUCCCGGCUAAGGGUGAGCAUGAAUGACAACUUCUACCCCAGCGUGACUUGGGCGGUGCCCAUUAGCAACAGCAACACGCCCAUGCUCACGCACAUCACCCGAGACCAGAGCUUCAUAACCUGGCUGGUGGCACUAAACGCAGACACCAAAGAGCGUAUUGUUCUUCAGACGGUGCGCUGGCGUAUGCGCGUAGACAUUGAGGUGGAUCCUUCCAUGCCACUUUGUACUCGUGCCAAACUGAUGGGACGACCGCACCAGGAACAACCGCAUAUUCUGAGCAACAAUGAACCCAUCCCGCCUAACGCGCUGGGCAGGCCCAAUGCCAACGAUGCCCAGGUGCUGAUGUGGAGGCCCAGGAGAGGACAACCUCUGGUGGUCAUACCACCCAAAUAGGGGUGUCUUAACAGUGCCUAUGGGACACUGAAGACUGCAUGCACUGUUUGGACACUGGAUAUUGGGAUUGCCCUGUGGAUUUCCCAGUUUUGUUGGGUUUCUAAAUUCCUCUGAACUAGACUGUCGAGAUGAGAAUUCUCUGUGUGCACCAUUAAGUUUUGCUAUCGUUAAACUUCAAAGUACUUGGUUAGCAACUGACCAGGAGUAACUAGUACUAAAUGUGCCGGUUUGAAUAAACCGCCCAAAUGUAGGGAAUUGUUCACCGAAAAAAAAAUCACAUUUACUAAGCCUUAUGUUGUUACAAACUCGUAAGGUUUUAUUUUCCUCUACGGAACACAAAAGAUGAUAUUUUUGUUUUAGACAAUGAAAGCCAAUGGGUUUCAAAAUUGUAAGUCUUUGAAUAUGACACAAAUGAAGCAUAACAUUAAUCAGUGCAGCUCGAAUGGUGUAUUUCAAGUCCUCUGAAAUAAGAUGAUAACUUUGAAUGAAAAUUCAGGCCUUUAUUCACUCUCAAAUAGAAUCAUUGAUAAAUACAUUCAUACACAGACUACAUCAAAUAUGGUGAAUCUCAUUAUCAUAAUAUGGAAAAAAAAUAGCUCAAUGCAUUCUUCAAUAUAUCUUCAUUUGUGUACCUUGGAAGAAAGUACGUCGAACAGUUUUGGAACAACAUUAGGCUGAGUAAAUGAUUACAUAUUUUUACAUUUUGAGUGAACUAUCUCUUUAAGAAAAAAAUGAUAAUAUUUUUACAGUUAUACGUUUUCUGUUUAGUUUUUUUGCAAAAAAGCCCUAAACUUUCAGGACACACGUUAUAUAAUGCAAGAAAAAGAUUGAAUGUUUGAUUCUAUACAAGACAAAUUGAAUUCAGUUGCGUCAAAAGAACCAAGAGAGGUCACCGCAGGUCCAGCAGGAACUCUUUUCCUUUGUAGGCCAACCAGCAUAACUCUUUAAAACUUAUAUCAGACUUGUGACUUCAUUUCUAAUGCUAGCAAAUAUCUUUUACCUGCUGUAAGAUGAAAAAGACCACAGAGUGCCAGUUGAGGUGAAGUGUAUAUGGUUAAACCGAGGAUGCAGUAGGGCCGUUCCUCCAGUCAGACACAU